AUGAAAACUUCGAUCUCUUCAUGUGCGUGGGAAAAGAAGAAGCCCUUGAUCAAUAGGUUAUACGUGGAGGAGGAAUGGCCUCUCAAGCAUGUCCUCAAACAGAUUCGUUCGGACGAUUUUAACCCAAGUGAGACACAACUGCGAAGCCGCUUGAGGAAAUGGCGGGCCAUCAAGCCUUCCCGCAAGACUCGCAGGCCUCGUGGUUGCGAUUCAGGGGACGACGACUCUGAAAAGGAUGAGAAUGCGUCCCCCGCUACACCUCCACACAACGACGGGCCAUCGCCGGCAGCAAUGCAGACAUCCACAGGCUGGGACUGUUCAGGUCUUCCGGCCGGCGCACUAUUAGAUGUCCACUCCCAGCCGAUGGACCAGAAGUGGAAUGCCUCCGCGGCUCAACUGUUGACUCCGAGCCCAUCGAUGGAUCAUGUCCGUGUCUCAAACAGAUCCCAUGCCGCCCACGAUCUCAACAUGCCUGCUACCUCCUUUGAGCAGCCGGCUCGGACCUCUCCAGUCGCCGAGGGUCUCAUUAUGAACACCACAUCUGCUCCGAUGUCUUCCUCCCCGGGGUACCCCGUCUAUCCUGGUCAAUGUGUACUCCCUCCAGGGUCAACGACCAACCCCCCAAUGGCAGCGUGGUCACCGUGCCCCAUGUCUCCCGACCUGGGUCUUGAUCCCACCUUGGACCCCGAAUGGUGGUACUCCAUGGCCUUCGAGGCCCCCGAUGCUCCGCCAGGAGUGCCUCACUCUGCAUCACACCACCAGGAAUAUAUUCCUGUUGCGGUCCCACCACCCUCGAGUGCCUAUCCUCCCGAGCUGGCUCAUUAUGGAGGUUACGAGCCUAGGAAACACAUCCCGCCUCAUUGGCCACAUCCUGCGAGCAUGGUGCCACCGAUGGUGCACCAUCCCCGUGCGGGAUAUUGA